UCCUCCUCACCGCCUCUCCUCCUCACCUCCUCACCUCCUCUCCUCCUCACCUCCCUCUCAUCCUCACCUCCUCACCUCGCUCACCGCCUCUCUCCCGCCCUCAUGCCGACAGAGUGUUCAGACAACGCCAGCGUGAGCUCCGCCCCCGUGGAGCCCCGCUACGCGAGCGUGGAGCCCCGCUACGCGAGCGUGCACGAUGCCGUUCGUGCCGGGGACGCGCCCGCCCUGGAGCUGCUGCACAGGCGCGGAGCGACCCUCUCCCAGCCGGACCCCCUGCACGGCAUGAGCCCCCUGCACUGGGCUGCACAUGCAGGGAGCCUGGAGUGCAUGCAUUGGCUGCUGUGGCACGGAGCUGACCCAGAGGCGACCGCCGGCCGUGGCUGGACCGCGCUCCACGUGGCGGCUCUGCGUGGGCAGCACGCGUGCGCCCAGGCGCUGCUGGCGAGCGGAGCCGACGUGUCCCGACCGGACGCCCGCGGCUGCACGGCCGCCCACCUCUCGGCGGGGCACGGCCACUCCUUCACGCUGCUCACGCUCCUCCGAGCCGGCGCCGACGCGAGCGCUCCGGACGCACGAGGCUGGGGCCCCGCUCACUGCGCCGCCUUCCACGGGCGACUCGGCUGCCUGCAGCUGCUGGUGCGAUGGGGGGCGCGGCUCGACGACACUGACUCAGCUGGGAACACGGCCGCUCACCUGGCCGCAGCCGAGGGCCAUGUGCCGUGCCUGCGCUUCACGCUGGGCGCAAGCCCCGCGGGGGCCCCGGCGGUGCUGGGCGCCCGGAACGACCACGGGGAGACCCCGGAGGACGCGGCGCGGAGGCACCACCGCGCCGCCGCCGUGGAGGUGGCACGGGCUGCCAGGACCCGCCCCCCUCCGGGGGGGCCUGAUGAGGACCUGGCGUUCCCUGCGCACGUGGCAGCCCAUGCGGGAGACCUGGAGUCGCUUCGUCGCCUCGUCGAGUCGGGGGUCAUCACGGUCAAUGAGCGGGACGGCGGAGGGGGCACCCCCCUCCACAAGGCUGCAGGACAGGGUCACCUCGACUGCCUCCAGUGGCUGCUGCAAGCCGGAGCGAACGCGCACGCACGGAACGACGCAGGCGAAACCCCCCGUGACACGGCCAAGAGGUUCGCUCAGCUGGCGGCCGUGAGACUCCUGGCGGCCGGGCGGAUCGACUCCGACUCGGACUCCUCGGAAGGAGAGGCAGGGCCGGCCGGCACCAUGGACCGCUCCGACGCUCCGACGCCCUCGGCCGAACAGCGCAGAGCGGCACGACGACGCGCGCAGGCCCGGGUUGCCGAGCUGGAGCGGCUCCUGGGCAUCGCGAGGAGCAACGCGAAGCAGCUGGGCGGCGUCGUGCAGGAGGAGGAGCAGCGGCGCGGGGAGCAGCGCCGGCUCGAGCGGGAGGCGCAGGAGCUACGAGCACAACUCGAGUAUGAGCGUCUGCGGCGCGAGGAGCUGGAGCGGCUCCUGGACGAGUCGCGCGGCCAGACUGAGCAUCUCAGACGUCUGGUUGAAGAGCUGCAGGGACCCCCGUGCGGCCCCCCUCCUGAGCCGGUCGUGGGAGAAGGGAGGGCACGGAGUGUGAAGAACAAGAACUCAAAGAGAAGACAAGAAGUGGAAGGGAGGUUCGUCAGGCGGCUGCCCCAGUGAGGGGUGGGCACAGCACACCCGCUGCUGCCAACUCCUCUUCAUUCCCACCCUUCACAUGAGAGUAUGUAUGUAUGUUCAAAUUAAUUCGUACCGUAAGUAGCCAACCAUGCUAAUCGGAGGUGCAGGGGAAGGACAACAAACUAAACACAAAAAGCAGUUUUAAAUAAAUUAAUUUUCAAUCUAAUAUCGGAAGAGCAUUCCAGACGGCCGCAGGAGUGCAUCUGAAAGUGCACUGCAGUGACCGCCUUUAUUCGAUAGCCAGCAAUGAGCCACUGCGAGAAUGACUGGAGUUCGUGUGACGGUUCAUGUUCCUUGACGAGAUCAGUGAGGUAUCGUGGUCCAUUUGUGCCAAGCACUUUGGUGUGUAUUCUUUGGGUCUUUCGGUAAAGCCACGUAGAUAGAAAAAUCAAAAAAUUAUCACGACAUUUCGAUCGCAACACAAGCAAUCGUUAUCAGGUGAAAAAGUAUUUUCUCCUGCCUCGGCAGCUCUCUCGCUAUAUUUUUUCACCUGAUGACGAUUGCUUGUGUUGCAAUCGAAACGUCGUGAUAAUUUUAUUAUUUUUCUAUCUACGUGGCUUUACCGAAAGACCCAAAGAAUAUGAAUUCCUGCAGUCACGAAAGCUUUAAGUCAACUUUGUGUGUAAUGAAGGCGACCUUAUAAUGUACUCUUUCGGCAACCAGAAGUCGAUACAGCUCGGUGAGCACUGGACGGACAUGGUCGGAUCUUGCAGUACCCGUCACAAGUGCCAGCAGAGCAGGUUGCGGUGUCGUCGGUGAUUCCGGAUAUGGCGGUACAUGUUUUACCGCCUGCGGCCAGAAAUUUGAACUACUCAACUAACAUUAAACUGUUUUCUAUUUUACCAGGUAAGGCCCACUGAGCUAUAUAGCUCUUUUUCAGAAGCGAUAUGGCCACAAAUGAUAAAUCAAUGAAGUGGCUUAUCAUGUGGAAAUUUAUAGCAGCCAAAUUUAUAGCAUCCGAAUACUACGGGGAGAACACGCAAACUCCAUAUGUGCAGCAGGCAUCAGGGUCGGGAUCGAACCCACGACCUUCUGCAUACCAGGCGAGGGAGUUAACAUUUUGUCACCGUGGCGCACACCCCGUGGCAGUCGCCAACUUUUCAUUGUCCCCCGACGUUGUUCAGCCAGAAACAUCCACGUGGUGAAGAGGGUUCCCAAACGAACAACAAGAGAUGAUAAUUGUUUUUUUACCCUUUUAUCUGGCAACAAAACUGACACCUUUUUUACAAGGAGUCAUGUUUGCAUUGACCACAAUACCUGCGGUCAGAAUGCAAACAAAAAACAUAACUCUGAUAAUGUAUGCACUGUCCUUGAAAUUGAUUGGUCCACACCCGAGACAGCUUUCCUUAGAGCCUAGUCUCACAUGGUGUUGGACCAGAUGGCGCCAAAAGGCGCACAACUCAAUGACAAUGCACCAUCAGAGUAUGAGAGCUCGGGUUAAGCAUUUACACCAUUGGAACCUCCUUUACCAGUAGCAAAAUAUAAUAAUUGGGUUUUUAUUCUUUUAUCUGGCAACAAAACUGCCACCUUUUUUACAAGGAGUCAUGUUUGCAUUGACCACAAUACCUGCGGUCGCAAUGCAAAAAAAACAUAAACUUUGGAAAUAACAUGAUUUUUAAAAGAUCACAAAGCUAAAGGGCCACACUCACCAUAGAGACAAAAUCACAGAGUGUGGCUAUUCUGACAACUGAAAUGUAAAAGAUUAUCCUUUUUCAAAAAA